AAAGCAUAAAAACAAACACAUAAAAAUAAUUCAAAAGGCCAGAAAAAGAAAACAGAAAAUGGGUUUCUAUCCAUCUUCUUCCUGGUUUCUUCAUCCUGAGCUUCAUCAUGUUGUUUCCAAGAUGUCUUACUUUGAUUCCUUUUUGUUCUAUAUUGUUCACUUAGUGGACAAGCUAGGCUUAUGGCAUAGAUUUCCAGUGUUACUGGGAGUGGCUUACUUGGGGAUACGAAGACAUCUACACCAACGUUACAAUCUGAUACAUGUUGGUGGAAUCAACGGUCAGCGUUACGACACGGAUGAGUUCUCUUAUCGCACGGCUGAUGGCAAGUGUAACCAUCCCUCCGAUGACUCUAUCGGUAGCCAAGGCACUUUUAUUGGCCGGAAUAUGCCUCCAUGUACUUCUCAGUACGGCAUUUUGGAUCCACAUCCAAGUGUGGUGGCUACAAAGUUGCUAGCGAGGAAAAGAUUUAUAGACAAUGGGGACCAAUUCAACGUGAUAGCUUGUUCGUGGAUUCAGUUCAUGAUCCAUGACUGGGUUGAUCAUUUAGAAGACACCCACCAGAUUGAGCUUAAGGCUCCAGAAGAAGUAGCAAGUGGAUGUCCAUUGAAGUCAUUUAAGUUCUUCAGAACCAAGAAGGAACUAUCCGGUGAUCACCACAAAUCUGGCUCUGUCAACACUAGAACUCCAUGGUGGGAUGGGAGUGUAAUAUAUGGAAAUGAUGAGGCUGGAAUGAGAAGAGUAAGGGUUUUCAAGGACGGGAAGCUAAGAAUCUCCGGGGAUGGUUUGUUGGAGCUAGAUGAAAGAGGUGUUCCAAUCUCCGGUGACAUAAGAAACAGUUGGUCAGGUUUCUCUCUGUUGCAAGCCCUCUUUGUCAAAGAACACAACUCUGUCUGUGAAAUGCUCAAUGAACGGUAUCCAGAUUUUGAUGAUGAGAAACUCUACCGGACUGCGAGAUUGGUGACAUCAGCGGUUAUCGCUAAGGUUCACACAAUAGAUUGGACAAUAGAACUCUUGAAGACAGACACAUUGACUGCUGGUAUGAGGAUCAAUUGGUAUGGUUUUUUAGGGAAGAGAGUUAAGGACACGAUUGGUGCAAGAUUUGGGCCAAUACUUAGUGGAUUAGUUGGUCUGAAGAAACCAAAAGAUCAUGGAGUUCCUUAUUCUCUUACAGAAGAGUUCGUUAGUGUCUAUAGGAUGCAUUGUCUUCUACCUGACACACUUAUCCUCCGAGAUAUGAGUCCUCAGCAUAUAGACAAAACAAACCCCAAAAUAGAACGAGAGGUACCGAUGACUGAACUAAUCGGGAAAGAAGGCGGGAAAAAUGGUUCGAAAACCGGGUUUGAGCAGUUACUAGUUUCAAUGGGACACCAAUCUUGUGGUGCAUUGACAUUGUGGAAUUACCCUAACUGGAUGAGGAACCUUGUGGCUCAAGACAUCGAUGGAGAAGAUAGACCUGACCUAAUAGAUAUGGCUGCCUUGGAGAUUUAUAGAGACCGCGAGAGAGGAGUUCCUCGAUACAACGAGUUCAGAAAGAAUCUACUGAUGAGUCCGAUCAGCAAAUGGGAGGAUCUGACAGAUGAUGAAGAAGCUAUUAAGGCUUUAAGGGAAGUGUACGGUGAUGAUAUAGAGAAGCUUGACCUAAACGUGGGGUUGCAUGCAGAGAAGAAGAUCAAAGGAUUCGCCAUUAGUGAAACUGCUUUCUUCAUCUUCCUCCUCGUUGCCUCCAGGAGGUUGGAGGCAGAUCGUUUUUUCACGACAAAUUUCAACGAAGAGACGUAUACAAAAGAAGGAUUGCAAUGGGUUAAUACAACAGAGACAUUAAAGGAUGUAAUAGACCGACACUUCCCGAACUUAACGAACCAGUGGAUGAGAUGUACGAGUGCCUUCUCUGUCUGGAGCUCGGAUCCUGACCCAACCAGAUGGCUUCCUUUGUACCUAAGAUCCGCACCAUAAGCUAUUAGAUGCUGCGUGGGACAUGUGUAUAAGUGUCAUGUGGUUGGUUCUUUAGUAUAUCUUUUUUUUUGCUGGGGGAUUUGGAGUUGUGUGACAAUUCGUAUAUAUGAAUAAAAAUCAUAUGAGCAGCAGAGUUUUAGUCAUUAAUAAUAAAUCAAUUGCCC